GUUUGAAGAGUGUGGAGAGAUGCAGCAGAAAAUCAAAAUCAGCAAAAGUUCUUUCUAAUGUCUCUCCAUAUAUACAAGUAUGAAGGAAAUCUUGUCAUGACCUAUGGUUUAAGGCAACUUCAACUGUAUGCAAAAUGAUGGCUAUCGAACUUUAUCCUUGUCUGGGCAUGUUGGUUUUGAUAGUUUACCUGAUCAACUGGUUAAAAAAUCCAUCAAGCAGGGCUUCUGCUUCAACAUUCUUUGCAUUGGGGAAACUGGAGUUGGGAAAUCAACCUUGAUAAACAGCUUGUUUAACACCAAUUUUGAUGACCCUGUGUCAACACAUUUUCUGCCAAUUGUACAACUUAGAGCCCAGACUUAUGAACUCCAGGAAAGUAAUGUUCUUUUGAAGCUGACCAUUGUAAAUACAGUGGGAUUUGGUGACCAGAUAAACAAAGAAGAUAGUUAUCAGCCAAUAGUGGAUUAUAUAGGUGCACAAUUUGAAGCCUAUCUCCAGGAAGAACUGAAAAUCAAGUGUUCUUUAUCUAGCUACCAUGAUACUCGCAUCCAUGUCUGCCUCUAUUUCAUUUCACCUACAGGCCAUUCCCUAAAAUCCCUAGAUUUGUUAACCAUGAAAAACCUGGACAGCAAGGUGAACAUUAUACCAAUCAUAGGCAAAGCAGACAGCAUUUCUAAAACCGAACUACAGAAGUUCAAGAAGAAAAUAAUGAGUGAACUCGUUAGUAAUGGUGUCCAGAUCUACCAGUUUCCAACUGAUGAUGAAACCGUUUCUCAAAUUAAUUCCAUCAUGAAUGAGCAUUUGCCGUUUGCUGUAGUAGGUAGUACAGAAAAAGUGAAAAUUGGAAACAAAAUGGUGAGAGCUCGUCAGUACCCUUGGGGCAUUGUAGAAGUGGAAAAUGAGAAUCACUGUGACUUUGUAAAGCUUCGCCAGAUGCUUAUUUGCACAAAUAUGGAAGACUUAAGAGAGCAGACUCAUGCACGACAUUAUGAGUUGUACAGACGCUGCAGACUGGAAAAGAUGGGCUUCAGAGACCUUGGUCCUGAGAACAAACUAGUCAGUCUACAGGAAGCCUAUGAGGCAAAGAGACAUGAGUUCUACCUUGAAAUGCAAAGAAAAGAGGAGGAGAUGAGACAACGGUUUGUGCAGAGAGUGAAAGAGAAAGAAACAAUAUUGAAAGAAGCAGAACAACAGAUACAGACUAAAUUUGAACAUCUUAUGCUAAUGCUUCAAGGAGAGAAACUGAAAUUAGAGAAAACGAAAAAAGUUCUAGAAGAUGAAAUAACUAUGUUUAUUGAGAAGAAAGCGAAUGCUGACUUACUCCAAUCACAAGCAUCUGUCUCUACCCCUGUUAGUUUGAAGAGAGACAAGGACCACAAAAACUUUACAUAAUACUGAUGCUAGAAGAAACAAUAUUGAUAAUUUCUCUUGAGGAGGCAAUGAUUCACAACACGCUUUUGGAGGUAUAGGAGUUGCAGUUUCUUACUAAAAGAUUUGGAAAAUAUCUCUUGUAGCUGCAUGCUGUAAAAGAAGAAUUUUGAAGUACGAUCCGUACACAUACGGUGCGGCGACUAUUGUCAUUGCCAUCAUGGACUUUCUGUUAUGAGUCUGCCUUGAUACACACUUGCCUUACAUAUGUGUGGCUAACUUGUUUUCAUUUUAAGUACAUUAUACCAAAGAAAGUGUCCUUGCCAUAAACAGUACCAUUCAUAGUAUAAAUGCUGUAUGUAGUACAGAAGUAUUCGGUGAAUAUAUCCACUAUAAUCUUUCUAAAGAGUUACUUUCAUAUGGUAUGGUAUAUUAGUCUACUAAAUAUUAUUUAAUACAAAUGUUGACAUAAUUCAACCACUUACUGCUUUUGCUGACAGAUUUUGUUUAUAGGCUUUUAUGUACAAGCACUGUCCUAAAUUUCAGAUAUGAUCUUCCUAAUUAAAAUUUAUUGAGAUACUUUGCAGUGCUGUACUGUUACGUGAUAGUUUAUCUGACAUUGCUAACUUAAUAUGGAAAGUACCUAUAACCUUUUGAUGCUUGUGACUGUGGUAUUCAGUUACAGCAUAGUCUGAAGUUUACAAAAACUAACUACAAGAGCUUCAAGUUAAUAUAAGUUUAAAAUGUGUUUUAUAUUUUCAGUAGCUGUGAUAACUAAUGGGAAACUAUAAGAGGUGCAGUUCUCUGAAGUUGUUUUUUGCAGCUCUUUAAAAAUGAAACACUAACUUGAUAGAAAUAAAAUACAUUGGUUUUGCUUAAGUGUUUCGGUUGUUCUGAUUCCUCUCCCUCCCACAU